AUGAAGAUUGUGAGAAACGAAACAGCUGCCGUUGCUUUUGUAACGUUCAAUCGUCCGCCUGAUGUACGUAGAGCCCUACAAAGAACUGGGGAAUUCAUCGGAGGCUAUAAGCUUACAAUCUCGAAAGUGGCUUCAGAAGAGGAGGUGACCGAUGUUAAGGAGGACGAGGAAGAAAACGCAGUCAAUAGGGAUACUGAGGAG